UCAAGAUGCUCUACCUCAUAGGACUCGGUCUCUCCGAUGAGACUGAUAUCACAGUCAAAGGACUUGAUGUCGUCCGCAAAGCUUCACGAGUCUACCUCGAAGCUUACACCAGCAUCCUUCUCGUCGACAAAUCCAUCCUCGAAACCUACUAUGGCCGCGACGUUAUCCUUGCAGACCGAGAAAUGGUCGAAUUUGCCAGCGAAGAUAUCCUGGACAAUGCGCAAACAGAAGACGUCGCAUUCCUAGUAGUGGGCGAUCCUUUCGGUGCAACAACACACACAGAUCUUGUUCUGCGAGCUCGUUCUCUCAAGAUUCCUAUUCAAACGAUACCAAAUGCUAGUAUAAUGUCUGCAAUUGGAGCUACGGGGUUGCAGCUGUACAAUUUUGGACAGACUGUGAGCAUGGUGUUCUUUACUAAGACGUGGAAACCUACUUCGUUCUAUGAUCGGAUAAAAGAGAACAGAGAUAUUGGACUUCAUACGCUGGUACUGCUGGAUAUCAAGGUCAAAGAGCAGAGCUACGAGAAUAUGGCAAGAGGCAGGAAGAUCUAUGAGCCGCCGAGGUACAUGACUGUUGGUCAAUGUGCGCAGCAAAUGUUGGAGAUUGAGGAAAUCAAGAAGGCAGAGGGUGCCGGAGGAGUUUAUGACGAGGAAAGUCUUGCGAUUGGCGCUGCUAGAGUGGGAGGAAAAACCGAGAAAUUCGUCAGUGGGACAUUGAAGCAACUGUGUGAGGCGGAUGAGGAGCUUGGAGGUCCGCUGCAGAGUCUGGUAUUGCUUGGAAGGAGAACUCACGAGCUUGAGAUUGACUAUGCGAGGGAAUUUGCUGUGGAUAGAGAGGGGUGGGAUAGGAUCUGGAAGAGGGAUUAUGAUGCAAAGUAA